CUCAAGUGCUUCUGUUUAGUGAUAAUGAGAAUAUUACUUAAAAGGAACCAAGCAAGCGACACCAGCGAGGGACAGAGGAUAAGGCACGACAGCACCGCAGGGAAGCAGGAACGAGAAAUAGCCAUAAGGAAAUGAUCUCGAGCGAGUGACAGACUACAAAUCAGCGAUGACAAGAAAUGGGACAAGGAGUACAUCAAGUAAGCUAAAAGAUCAGGGUCGAAAAGAAAAGAUCAGCAAUCCAGUUCCCGAGUUGAGGAAGGCCUGGAAGAUCAAGAUCAUGAGCUACGCCUUUUCUCCAAGAUCCCGAUCUCUCUUGUAUCAUCAUUCACUAUACUUUGUUCGUCAAAUAAUGGGCGAGUAGCAGUAGUUCCUGGCCGUUGUUACUACUUACUCAAGUUUUAUAACUUGCUUAUAUUUUACAAAUAACAAGAACUUUUGCUCAUUUCUGUUUCGUACUAGCGCACUUAGUAAUUACUUUUUUUCUUUCUCAACCUGUUCUCGUCUUUCGGUCCCGUACAACAUCUAUGGCGUUCGCCUGUACUAGUGGCGUAAUUUCUUGCGCAGUUUAUUUCAAUCCCAGGCGUCCCACCUAUCAAGAAAUUUACAAGCAAAAUGGUGGUGUCAAGUGGUAACGUUGCGCAGUAUGAACGAGAAAGUCACGCUAGUGCUUUUGGCCACGAAGUGCGUGAUCAGGUAGCUUCUCAACCAUUUCGACUUACUUUGGUGGUGCACAAACAACGAGUUGCUUGGAAUGUGGAUAAGUAGCUGCAAGAUACAGCCGACCGCAGGCGUCACACUAUUGGAAAAAGGGCGCCUACACAGGACCAAGAGAGCCAUGCCAAAAAUGCGAUAAGCAGGGGUGUUGCGCCGGAAAUGGAUGGGUUAAGCGUCGCAAUUAAUAGAUGGUUAACUGCAUCCUUGCGGCACUUCAUGUGCCUCGCAUGCUUUGUUUAUAGGAGCUGUUGUUGUUAAGGGGUGUCUUCUUUCUAGGGUGGAAAGGCUCUUUAUCUGCUCUUCUGCCUCUUUAUGUUUGGUUUUUGGCCGUGUCUCUGCCUCGUACAUGAGUAGUCCUAACUACUAGACUAUGUUGUUAGACUGAAACUUAUAGACUAUGGGCAGCUGGCGAGCCAUAGUAAGAGGUAGGGGCAGCACUGGAGCAAAGCAAACUGAACGGCGACAAAGGGGAUUAUGGACGGGUACUAUGCGGGGCUGAGUGCGGAUAUUUUAAGUGCUCCAUGAGUUCGAAGCUGAUCUUUUAUUUACUGCGCCGGUUUGCGACUUGUGUAUUUCUUGUUACUACGGUAGUCUCUAUUGCGGGCGCCUUCUUUCCAGGGUGGCAAGGCUUUGGGUCGGGAUACUUUACCAUGAUUGAUUACGGCAGUCUGCGAGCCAGGAACAAAUACAAGGAGCAGUACUGGAGCAAAGUAGGAGGAAACGCGACACGGAUAUGAUCUUAGUUUUCUUGACUUGUCUGAUCUAGAUUCCUGUGGUAAGUACUUAUGGCCUUGCGCCAAACAGUUGCCUAUUCCAUUAUACCAGUUUCACCGAUGCUGGUUGAGCGCGUCGAUGUGGGUAGAAGUAGCAGGUGGCACCCUGUUCGCCCCGACCUGAGUGUCUGCGCUAUGAGUGAGGCGAUCGGCAUAUCGCUGGGAAUUGUGGCGUAGUCAUUCCCUCAGCCUCCUAGUCCGUUGCCCUUUUUAUAAUCAGCGGGUUCGUAGAGUACAGCUUGAUAGAGGGGUUAUCUAACCUGCCCCGACUGCUGCCGGUUUGGGAAGUGGAUAAUGCUCGGAGAUUCUCUCAAUCUCCCCGAUGUUACAAAAAUAAAAAAAUUUCUGAAGUCUCUAAAUGCAAGUCCAAAAAACUCUUAAGUGUGUUACGC